AUGUACGCAGUAUUUAGAUACAUGUUGCGGGAACAUGAACGUGAAGCACACAUUCAAGCCGAAUAUCACAAAAGACAAGGGAGAAAAGAGAUCCAGAAAGCCAAAAUGAGAGCAGAAGAAGAUCGAAUCAAAAUGGCAAAACAGAAGAAGUCUCAACGGGAUUUCCUUGUCCAGUUGAAACAUAUGGAGACUAGAGAAGCAGAUCAUUUUGGUUGA